CUUCAAUCAGAGAUUGGUCACUUUUUGGAUCCUCAUGUUUCCUUGCUUUUGUUGAAAGUGGUGUAUCACAAGGUUUACCAAAUCCUGAAGUAAUUAUCGCUUUAGGCAAAUCAGGCAUUCAUAUUUUAAAUCCUUCAUCUAAUGAAUGUUAUCAGAAUUUCGCCUAUGAAGAUGUUGCAAGUACAAGG